GAUUUUGACAACAUUUGUAUUCGUGGUGGACACAAAGAAUAUUCUUUUCCUGCUGUAUUUUCCUUAUUUUCACUGGUAAAAUGUCUGAGAAUAACACUGUCAGCAAGCCGCCUUUUGAUCCGGGUUGGAAUGAUCCUCCGAAGAUGGGAUAUGAGGAACAAGCAAAACCAUCGCCUAAUCGAAGUAAACUGAACCUGACCAAGCGAGUGGCCUUCCCAAUAGGCGGUCCAGGCGGUGGUGGAGCUGGACAAAAGGUCGAGCUUGCGCCCUCGGGUCUGCCAAUGCCCUUUGCAAGAGUGUCUUCGAAAGCAGAGCCUUCCGGAAUCAUUCCGCCUUCCUCAAGUUCUUCCGACAUCAAACCUCCUCCAACUAUGGGAGACAAUCCUGCGAGUGGAAGUGUUCAAGUGAUUCAUGCUGUGCAAGGGACUGCGCAGGAAGCAAUCAGCGAUGAGAAAAUGCGCGAAAUCUUGAGAGAUUUUGAGAGGUUCAGCAAGAAAAUUGAGGACAAGAAGGUGGAGGAGGAGGUGUCGAGACGUUUGGACAUUCUAGGGGUGCAGUCGAGAAAGAAUGAACUCAGUGAAGCUGUGAAAUCUCGUCUGGUGAAGAUCUGUGAGGCUCUGAAGGAGGAAAACUACACUGAAGCCAGUCAAAUUCAUCGAUCUCUGAUGGUGGAUUUCCACUCAACUUGCUGCUCUUGGGGAUCAUCACUUCGGAAUAUUAUCCUCGCCGCUCAGCCCCAAGAUGAGAUCCAGGACAAGCAUCAAGAAGAACCAAUAAAGUCAGAAGAAUAG